AGAAAGUGUGUGUGAGCUGAUGUGAAUUGAGCAGCAUGGAUCAGUGUGAGGACAGAGAGGAGGGAGUCCCUCCCUCUAAAAGCACUCUGUGUGGGGAACAUGAGAGCCAGACCAAAGCUCAGAGGAACCAACCUGGACCUCCACCCAGCUUAAAGAACGACGAGUUAAAGGACAUUAGGUCCUCUCCUGCAGAGAGAUCAAAGAUGGAGAAGUCUGUUCAGGAGCAGCUGCUAGAUAUGCUGGAUGAUUUGGGAGAAGAGGAGCUGGAACGUUUCCACUUUUAUCUGGAGAAAGGAGCUGGAGGUGAUUUCACAACCAUCAAAAAGAGCCGUCUGGAGAAAGCAAGCAGAACAAGAACAGUGGAUCUUAUGGUGGAGACAUACACUACUGACCGCGUGAUGGAGGCGGCAAGCUUAAUUUUAAAGAAGAUGAAUGAAGGAAGACCUUCAGCCCAGGGAGCUUCAUCGCGUUUAUCAGAAGAGGCUCUUCAAAACUGUCAACUUAAACUAAAGUCUAACCUGGAAGAGCAGAUUCCUGCUUUUUGGUCAGUAAAGCAGGAUAACAAGUUCCACCAAGCUGAACUUUUCCUGAAUCAGUCUACACAGAGCUCUACAUCACAGAGGGAGGGACUGCAGAGGUCAAUGAUGAACAUGAG